AUGGCUCUCGAGAUCUACGCUGAAGAGCAGGGGGCCAGGAAGACAUUUCAAGCAGUUCUACAAGUAAUUUCCUACAUUGCCCGCGUUGCGAUGAUGGCAACGCUUCCGGUGUUCUGUCGGGAAUCCGAGUACUGGCGGCAGGAGGUAGAAGGACUGGAGCUGGAUCUGAUUAGUCGGGUUGCGGUGCUGCGACUAGCGAGCAGAGCUCCAGGCAUCGACGUCUAUGUCGGCCUCAUUGAUGCGCUGGCAUCCAAGCAAAAGCUUCAAGGCGAGGAUGAGGCUGGACGGAAGCUAAGCUGUGUCGGCGCAGACUGUGUCACCGAUCCGACAUGUUCGCCACAAUGCAUGUUUGGGAUCUAA